AGAGAGAGAGAGAGAGAGAGAGAGAGCGCGGCAGGAAAUGGAGGGAGAGCAGCGGCGAGAGCAGCGCGUUCUUCGCUCUGCGCGUUCUUCGCUCCGCGCGCAGCGCCGACACGUUACGGCUUCACGUGUUGAGGGACCGCUGAGCUGGCCAAUGAGAAGCGCUGCUGCGAGUUAGAGACGGGGCUCUGCUGAGCGAGAAGGCGUGGCGUGGCCACGAAGGCGGGGCUCUGUGGUGAUGUGGGCGGGGCCUGUGUGGAAGGGGCGGGGCGCCGCGCGCUGGGGGAACCGCCCUGCUGGAGCCCUGAGCGUCGCGCGGUCGCUGGGAAGUUGGUGAAACUUUGUUUUCUAACUUCUCCGCGUAUUGUUGGAACUGCUGAAGAUGUUUGGUUAUAAUCAGAAUAAUAAUAAUAAUAACAACAACAACAACAACAACAACAACAGCAGCAGCACUCAGAAGUAAUGGGAGAUGAGCGCCUCAUCGCGACAAAGAGCUUCAUCUUAACACAGAGAGGACAGGAAUUUCUGACUGGAAAAAACGCCGGGACUUCGUGAAGACUGCAGGUGAGGAUGAGGAUGAUGAUCCACUAGAGAUGAAGGUUCUCUUCCAGAAGUUGCUCCACAAGCGCAGAUGAACUUGCUCUCGAACUGAAGGUCUUGCAGAAGCAGCGGUGGAUGUGAUGUUUGUCUCUGCGAUGAAUAGUCCUCUGUGAGACGUCCGCUUGCUGUCCAUCGCCAAUGGGGCCUUCGCGGGUGUCCAGGCGUCGGCCGAGCUGACAUCGGCCGUUAAAGUCGUCGUGCGUUUGCGGAGCCGCGCGCUGCUCUGCUCUGCUCGGCUCUGCUCUGCUGGACACGGUGGGACAUUGCGAGACAACUAUCCAACAUCUAUCAGCAGAUGUUCUUGGCCAGUUUGUGGGUCACGAUGGAUCAUGUGUCCCAGGGUGUGUUCGCCACGCUUUGGAUCCUGCUGGUCGUCUUCUGCUGUCCGUCUUCAGCCAAAGAAGAGGUCCUGAUGAGCACCAAGCUGGAGACAUCGGACCUCAAGUGGACCGUGUUCCCCAGUACUGAGCCACAGUGGGAGGAGAUGAGCGGCCUGGACGAGGAGAACAACAUCGUGCGCACGUUCCAGUUCUGUCCACCCGACAGCUCGGGGAGCCACUGGGUGCGCACCACGCUGCUCGAGAGACGCGGCGCCUCGCAGGUCUACGUGGAGCUGCGCUUCACCAUGAUGGAGUGUUCUUCCGUGCCCACGCAGCACCGCGGCUGCAAGGAGACCUUCAACCUCUUCUACUACGAGGCGGAUGCGGACGAGGCCACGCUCACCAACCCGCCCUGGAUGGAGAACCCCUACGUCAAGGUGGACACCGUGGCGGCCGACUUCCUGCUGCGCAGAGGCGGUGAGCGCAAGUCCAACCUGAAGACGGUGCGCCUCGGCCCGCUCACCAAGCGCGGCUUCUACCUGGCCUUCCAAGCUCAGGGUGCCUGCAUGGCGCUGCUGUCGGUUCGAGUCUUCUUCAAGAAGUGUCCGGCCCUCACGCGCUCCUUCUCCUCCUUCCCCGAGACGGUUCCUCACGCGCUCGUCUGGCAGGCGCCGGGCCAGUGCGUGGAGAACGCAGCCCAGCCCGCCACGCCCACUGCCACACCCCCGCACAUGUUCUGUGGCGAGAACGGGGAGUGGGUAGGGAUGCCCAGCACCACAUGCGCAUGCCGGCCCGGGUACGAGCCCGUUGAUGACGACAGCCGCUGCCGAGCUUGUCCUCAAGGACACUUCAAGGCAGCAAUGGGAGCCUCUCCCUGCAGACGCUGUCCAGAGUUCAGCCUUGCUGUCAGCAGCGGGUCCCCUGUGUGCCUCUGUCGCCAGGGUUACCACCGUGCCGAAGCGGACCCUCCGGACACGCCCUGCACCACCCCCCCCUCAGCUCCCCGCAGCCUUGUGACGCAGAUCGAUGACACGUCUGUCACUCUGGAGUGGAGCGAGCCUCUGCAGCUGGGCGGCCGACAGGACCUGAGCUACACGGUGCAGUGCCGCCACUGUGGCCCCGGCGGGCGCUGCGCCCCCUGCGCCGACAGCGUGAGCUACCGGCCCGCGCAGCGCGGCCUCACCGGGCGCCGGGUCGUGGUCUGGGGGCUGCAGCCGCACACCACCUAUAGCUUCUCCAUCGAGGCGCUCAAUGGCGUCUCCCAGCAGAGCGGCAGCGAGCCGGCCAGCGAGAGCGUCAAUGUCACGACGACCCGCAACGUUCCCGUGUCGGCCAUCCGGAGGAACCACGCCACCGAGAACAGCAUCACCCUCGAGUGGUCGGUCCCUGCAGAGCCACCGUAUACCAUCCUGGGCUACCAGCUGCGCUACAGUGCGAAGGAGCGGCCUGAGCAGGAGCCCAGCUGGCGUUACACUGAGACGCCGACAACCCAUGCGGUGCUGAGCGACCUGCGCAGGGCCACACAGUACGAGGUGCAGAUCCGGGCGCGAACCCCCGCUGGCUAUGGCAGCUUCAGUCCGCUGGUGGGCUUCCGCACGCUGCCCGACGGAGAACACGCCCCCUCCUCCCAGCUUAUGGUGACGGGGAUCCUGGUGGCCGCGGGGACCCUGCUGCUCCUCGUCGUCGUUGUUGUCUCUGUCUUCUGCUUCCGGAAGCACAUGCGAGCGAAUGACCCAGAAUCAAGUGACAAGAACAACCACUUCCUCAUGGGACCAGCGGUUAAGGUGUACAUUGACCCCUUCACCUACGAGGACCCCAACGAGGCCGUUCGAGAGUUCGCCAAAGAAAUUGAUGUGUCCUUUGUGAAGAUCGAGGAGGUCAUUGGCGCAGGGGAGUUCGGCGAGGUGUGCCGCGGAAGGCUCCAGGUCCCUGGCAAGAAGGAGAACUAUGUGGCCAUCAAGACCCUAAAGGGCGGCUACACCGAGAAGCAGAGGCGGGACUUCCUGAGCGAGGCGAGCAUCAUGGGCCAGUUCCAGCACCCCAACAUCAUCCACCUCGAGGGAGUCAUCACCGCCAGCUGCCCUGUCAUGAUCCUCACCGAGUACAUGGAGAACGGCGCGCUGGACUCCUUCCUCCGGCUCAAUGACGGCCAGUUCACGCCCAUCCAGCUCGUGGGAAUGCUGCGGGGAAUCGCCUCGGGGAUGAAGUACCUGUCGGAGAUGAGCUACGUGCACCGGGACCUCGCGGCCAGGAACAUCCUGGUCAACAGCAACCUGGUGUGCAAGGUGUCUGACUUCGGCCUGUCGCGCUUCCUUCAGGAGAACUCCUCGGACCCGACUUACACGAGCUCCCUGGGGGGUAAGAUUCCCAUCCGGUGGACAGCCCCAGAAGCAAUCGCCUUCCGCAAGUUCACGUCGGCUUCGGACAUCUGGAGCUACGGCAUCGUCAUGUGGGAGGUCAUGUCCUUCGGGGAGCGGCCGUACUGGGACAUGAGCAACCAGGACGUGAUCAACGCCAUUGAGCAGGACUACCGGCUGCCCCCGCCCCCUGACUGCCCCACCUCCCUGCACCAGCUCAUGUUGGACUGCUGGCAGAAGGAGCGCGGAACGCGGCCCCGCUUCGCCGCCAUCGUCAGUGCUCUGGACAAACUCAUCCGCAACCCGGCCUCCCUCAAGGUGGUGGCGCGCGACGGAGCCGGGCCCUCGCACCCGCUGCUGGACCAGCGCAGCCCCCCGCCCCCAUCCGCCUGCGGCUCCGUUGGAGAGUGGCUGAGGGCCAUCAAGAUGGAGCGCUACGAGGAGAGCUUCUACCAGGCGGGCUUCACCUCCUUCCAGCUCAUCUCGCAGAUCUCCACAGAGGAUCUCCUGCGCAUCGGAGUCACUCUGGCCGGACACCAGAAGAAGAUCAUGUCCAGCAUUCAGACUCUGCGCGUCCACAGCAAGAGCCCCGGGGGGGGGCAGUACUGAGAGCGCUCUUCUGGGGGUGCUGCUUAGUGCCAGAGGUCAGAGGUUACCAAGCACCAGCGGGUGAUAGACAGGACAGCUGCAAAAAUACGGCGCUGCUGUUGGAUGGACCUGCCGUUGCCCUUUUGCCCGGUUCCCCUUUCUGCCCCUGGUUGUGAACUGUGGUAAACCGUGGUCGACUCUCCAGUACAGUCAUCCAGGGACACUUGGUUUACUGUCCACUCCUUAAAGAAAUGGGACUAUAAAGCCCUGGAGCAACUGCUGUCUGGACGGACACCUCUCUGUCCUCAGGUCCCCAGCGGAGAUGAACCUCCAUGGAAAGAGCAAUAAAUAAGGGCUUCUGCCUUCGUUUGACCUGGGGCUGUGUGGGGUUAGCGUUGUGGGCGGGGCCUCGUUGUAGAGCACUCUGUUGGUGGCAACACGCUCAUCUUCAUCCUGGGCUUCACCUCACGUGACCCCUUUGACGUCCUGAGCGCCUGGAUCUUCACAUUGAAGGUCUGUGUCAUCGAACAGACCGGUGGCAUCCUGUCCUUACCUUAUAUAUGCAGUGCUGUGCGUGUGCGUGCGUGCGUGCGUGUGUGCGCGGGUCCAAAGGGGAUUGAGGUCACACAUGGUGUGUCAUCUAUGUAAAGUUGCAAUAAAUAAUUAUGUUCGGAACUCUUCGUGUCACCUAAAACGGUGAUGCCACUCAUCCCCUGCCUGGGUUUUAAUAACUGUUGUAUUUAUACACACACACGGUUUCUGUGGCA